UUUUCAAAUGGUAGUAGUACCUUGGCGGAAGAAAGGAAGAGGACCAAGAACACCUUUGUCUGGGGUGACAUGUUCCGCGACGCUCCGAUGCGAAAGCGCUUUGCCCUGGCUGCUCUCAUUGGUUUUUUCACCCAGUGGAGCGGCAACGCCCUCCUCAGCUUCUACACGGGCAAAAUCAUGCACAUUGUCGGCAUCAAUAACCCCCGAACUGUGCAGAUGAUCAUUUUCGGCUGGACCUGCUGGGGCCUCGUGGCCGGGACGAGCGUGGCCACCCUCAUCAGCCCAAGGUAUCCUCGCAGGACAAUGUUCCUGAUGGGCACCAUUGGGACGGGAUUGGUGUACAUAGUGUGGACCAUUGCCAAUUCCAAGGCACAAACAGGGUCGCCCAAAGCCGUCAUUCCGGUAUUGGUGUUUAUGUUCCUGUAUACCCCUUUCUACACUUUAGGCUGGGGCUCUCUUACAUAUACCUACCUCUCCGAACUCUUCCCCUACCACCAACGCUCCCAAGGCAUUGCUGUGCAGCAAUUGACCGGACGUAUCGCCCUAUUUGUCAACACCUACGUGAACCCCAUUGCCGUCUUCAACAUCGGGUGGAAGUAUUACAUAGUGUACUGUGUCUGGAUUGCUGUCGAAGCACUGACCGUAUACUUUUUCUUUCCCGAGACCAAGGACCGCACCCUCGAGGAGCUGGCGUUUAUGUGGGAGGGUGAUGAAGCUUGGAACAAGGUCAGGGAGAGGAUGGACGAGGUGAUGGGUCAUCAAGGGCAUGAACUAGGCCCAAUUCCGGAGGAGGAGGAUAACGCGGGCCAUGUGACGAACGAGAGGGUGGUGAAUGCUGUCACUCCUUAG